CGACGCAGACUUUAUAAUACUGCAUAUGCAUACUGUACUGGUAGCUACAGUCCAUCCUUCUCUGCUCAGGCACAUCCAGCUGCAAAGACACAGACAUACAGACCCUUGUCUAAAAGCGCUUCUGACAGUAGCUCCGAUGCCUUUAAGGUCUCGUCCCCUUUACCACCCCCACAUGUGCCACCUCCAGUACCACCACAUCGUCUGAGGCAGAGGUCUACACCAGAAAAAAAUGACUGGGAUCCUCCUGACAGAAAGGUAGAUACUCGCAAGUUCCGUUCUGAACCAAGAAGUAUUUUUGAAUAUGAGCCAGGAAAGUCAUCAAUCCUUGAACAUGAAAGACCGGCUUCCUUAUAUCAUCACUAUUCAACAGACCGAGGCCUGGACAGGCCCUGUAGUUCUGCAAGUACUGCGAGUGACUUCAGAAAGCGAAGGAAGUCAGAACCUGCUGUAAGUCAUCAGAGGGCACACAGUGAUCAGAACGCAAACAGAUCUAACCUGGGCCGUACAGACAUACAAGGCCCAUGUGCCACCCUUAGAAAACCUUUAACUAGCUCGUCUCCUUCUUCCCCGUCAAGAGCAAAAGGUGGGGAUAUUAGCAAAGUAUAUCCAUCCCUUUUAAGUUAUUCAGUGCACAACCACAACACCUCAAAUGAAUUAGAUUACUGUAGCACUUACAGGCAACAUUUAGCUGUUCCAAAUGAUUCAAGAAGGGCAAUUAGCUACAAGAAUGGCUGGCAAAUGACUCGCCAAAAUGCAGAAGUCUGGAGCAGCACAGAAGAAAAUGCUUCUCCAAAGAGAAAAUCUCGUAGCUGUGAUGAUCUGUUAACAGAUGAUCGUGAUAGCUUUCCUGAUGCACAGGCCAAGGCUGAAAGCAUGGGCUCUCUGUUAUGUGAGGAGGAUUCCAAAGAAGUUUGCUCAAUGAACUGGAACUCCCCCUAUGUUGAGGGCCGUGGUAGUGGUAGGUCAAGAGUUCGUCACAGAUCUGCACAUGAUGCUCCAGGUUUCCUGAAAAUGUACAAAAAGAUGCACCGCAUCAAUCGCAAGGACUUGAUGAAUUCUGAGGUGAUUUGUUCUGUGAAGUCCAGAAUACUGCAGUAUGAAAAAGAACAGCACAAAGGUAUUCUUCAAGGCUGGAGAGAGUCUUCUACUGAAGAGGUGCCCAGAGACAUGGUGCCAACCAGAAUAUCUGAAUUUGAAAAAUUAAUUCAGAAGUCAAAAUCAAUGCCGAACCUUGGUGAUGAAAUGUUGUCAACUGCUACAUUAGAGCCUCCUAAAAAUGGCUUGUGUCCAAAGAGGCGGUUUUCUAUCGAGUCCUUGCUGGAAGAAGAAACUCCAGUCAGACAUCCCUCUCAGGUACAACAGAGCUACAAGUCUAAAACCCUGGUGCCAAUUCAUAUUGAAGUGACCAGUGAUGAGCCACAACGAUCACAUAUAGAUUUUUCAGACAGUGAUCAAGAUGGAGUGGUUUCUGAUCUCAGUGACUUUAUCCAGAUAGAGGGUUCAUCCUUUUGUAGUGAAAGUGACUUCGAUCACUUUUCCUUCACAUCAUCUGAAAGCUUUUAUGGAUCAGGCCAUCACCACCACCACCAUCACCACCACCACAGGCAUCUCAUUAGCUCCUGCAAAGGGCGAUGCCCAGCAUCCUACACCCGCUUCACUACCAUGCUAAAACAUGAAAGGGCUAAGCAAGAAACCACUGAAGAUCCAAGGAGACAGGAAGCAGAAUCUGGCCUCUCUAAGAUAGCGUUCCUGGUCAGUCCAGUGCCUUUCCGGAGGAAAAAAAGUGCAACUCCUAAAAAACAAACCGAAAAGAAAAAAUGCAAGUCAUCUGUAUUUGAAGCACUAGAUUCUGCACUUAAAGACAUCUGUGACCAAAUUAAAGCUGAAAAAAGACGGGGAAGCUUGCCUGACAACAGUAUAUUACACAGACUUAUUACUGAGCUGCUUCCAGACAUUCCAGAAAGGAAUUCAUCUCUUAAAGCUCUGAAAAAGAGUCCCAUGCACCAGCCUUUUCAUCCACUGCCUCAAGAUGGUGCUAUCCAUUGUCCACUGUACCAGAAUGAUUGUGGAAGAUUACCUCUUAGUGCCUCUUUUCCAGACAUGGAUGCAACUAACAACAACGAUAGUGCACUGUGUUUCCAAGUAGACCAGGAGUCUCCUGGAAGCUAUUCUUCUGCUUUCACUGAUGUGGGACGAUUUACUCCAAGGGAGAGAAGAGGAACUACAGACAAAGAGAAACUGCCAGCUAGAGCUGUAUAUGACUUUAAAGCUCAGACUUCUAAAGAGCUGUCCUUUAAGAAAGGAGAUACUGUCUAUAUCCUCAGGAAGAUUGAUCAAAACUGGUAUGAGGGUGAGCACCAUGGAAGAGUUGGAAUAUUCCCUAUUUCUUAUGUUGAGAAACUUUCUCCUCCAGAAAAAGCACAGCCUGCCAGGCCACCUCCCCCUGCACAGAUUGGAGAGAUUGGAGAAGCUGUUGCCAAAUACAAUUUCAGUGCAGACACAAAUGUGGAGUUAUCACUUAGAAAGGGAGACAGAGUAAUUCUUCUCAAGCGAGUUGAUCAAAACUGGUAUGAAGGUAAAAUACCAGGAACCAACAGACAAGGCAUCUUCCCUGUUUCCUAUGUAGAAGUCAUCAAAAAGAAUGCAUCAAAAAGUGUUGAUGACUAUCCUGAUCCUCCGAUCCCCCAAAGCUAUUCUAGUGACAGAAUACACCACUUAAGUUCAACUAAGUUGCCUUCCCAAGCACUGUCCCCACUUUCCAGACAGCUUUCCUCCUCUUGGUCACACAUUGAUCAAAAGAUUCUCCAGGCUGCCACUAGUGACUUGUUUUCAAGGACUGUUGGUGUUUCGCCUUCAAGCACAUGCAACUUAACUUCUCCAUCAGUUCCAGACAGUUUUCUUUGUGACUUAGAAGAACUCAAUUCUUUGGCAUUGUCAACCUCUCAAACUGUAGCAAUAUCCCCAGGUAAUAGCAUUCACCAAGUUAAGGAUGGUCAUGUUAUUCCAAAUACAGAAGUGUCUCUCAGCUCUUCUACAGCUCUUCCUCUGUCCUUUCUUGUAUCUACCUCUGUAUCAUCUUCAGCCAGCUCAUCUCAUGACGUAGCAUAUAAGCAUGUCAGCAACAAUACCAAAUCAGGAAAAGAUAAAGACUUGAGAGGUAUAAUUGACCCUUUAGUUAUUGAAGUACCUAGAGACUUGUUAGAUACUACAAGAGAAGGUGAACCUGUUGGCGCUAUCCGUAACAUCCCUUCACCGUAUGAAGGUGGUUCCAUGUCCAGAGUGCUAGCUACAAAUGCUGAAAAUGAAGAGGAAAUCUUUACUGCAGAUCUGUCACUUAAUAUAGAGGAUCAGUCAAAGCCUCAAGAGGAUCAGUCAAAGCCUCAAGAAUCAGAUUUCUACGGAGGAGAACAAGACACAACAGAAGAACUGACAAGACUCUAUAUAGAGGAGGAUCUGGUACAUGACAGUUUAGAAUUCCCAGUAGCAAGUGGAGGAGGUUCUAUGGAUUAUUAUGAAGGAUACAAUUCACCAAAUAUUGAUAAGCCAGCUCUACUUUUUGUGGGAACAUCAGAAGACUCUGAUUCUCCUUUCAACCUUUCUUCUAAUCUUCCACUUCACUCUGCCAAGGCACCUACUUUGCACUCCGUUCCUACAACAUACCUGUCUGUUGCUUCCCUCCCACCUCCCCUCCUCUCUAAACCGUUACAUCAGCAGGAGAAAGACUCACCACAGUUAAAGGCUAAUUUAAAGAGAGAGAGAUUUGUUAUGGGUAAACCUCCUCGUAGCCCAGUGAUGACUAAGAGAUCCUGCAGCUCACCUGUAAGAGGUCACAGCUAUUCACACAGGCCACAGCGCCCUGUGCUUUCUCAUGAAAACAUACACAGUGGGGGGGAACCGUUUCAGGCUCUAUAUAACUAUACUCCUAGGAAUGAAGAUGAAUUGGAGCUCAGAGAGGGAGAUGUCAUUGAUGUGAUGGAAAAAUGUGAUGAUGGAUGGUUUGUGGGAACCUCAAGAAGAACCAAAUUCUUUGGUACUUUCCCUGGAAACUAUGUCAAGAGGCUGUGAAAUUUUUUUUUCUACUUAUUUAUGCUGCAUCUCUGCAACACAUCUGCAUAAAGCUGCUAGAAAACAUGCUACGCUGGCCUUCUGUUUUCUUGCUUGCAGUCUCAAAUAGAGGCCAUCUAGUUCAUCCUCAUCCCAUCCCACCCGCCAAACCGUUCCAGCAGUAUUACAGCAACGACCACAGAGUGAAUAACUAAGCUUUUCUGAGACAAGAGGAAUCAUUUCAGCAUUUAAACACUCCCUGCUUUAAAGUCUUUUUAUGUGAAACACAAUAGGAAAAGCCUGAUGACAGGUACACAGAGGAAUUGCCAUGGGGGUGGGGGGAAGGGGGGAAAAACUAUGCUUGGUUAGAACAUUUGUGGUACUACCGUGAAGUCUGGUGGGAUUUUUUCAGCAUGCAUGUAAUACAGGGGAAAGUUGCUGUUUACUAUUUUUUAAAAAAUUGUUUGAGUUUCCACAUUCUUACUAGCUUGGCAGCAUUUUUUGCUUCCACUUGCUGUAUCACGGGUUUGCCUAUUGUACUGGUUUACAAUGUAUGACAAACUAUAAUAUAGGUUGUUUGCCUGCACUUGUAUGCUGUAACAUAUGCACAGUGAUUGUAAAAUCUCAAGCAAGCAUAGUGAAAAAUGGAAGAACUGCAAGUGUUCUGAACGGGUGCAAUGGUAUUGGCUAAAUCUUUUUUUUUCCCCUAACAAACCUGUAGUGUUUUCUGUUAAAAGGUGAGAAGUGAAAAAGGCAAUAAGACUUGGGAAAGAGGAUUUAAGGAAGAGACAGACAGUGGUAUAAGCAUAGACAAUAAUAACCUGCUACUGAUGUCUGAUACUAAAUGGUUGCAAUCAAAAUGUUGUGAUAGUAAGCAACAUGAAAUGUGAGAGGUUAGUGUUUUUACAUAUCAGGAAUUUUAAUAAGCAGAAAGUAAACAGUGUUAGUGCAAUGAGUUGUUGGGUUUGGGGUUUUUUUUCCUAACAUAGCCACCGGAAAAAUAUUCACAAGUAUCAUGUACUGAUUUACUUCACUAUAUUUGUAUAUAUAUAUUAAUGAAACCCAAGUUACACAUUCUUUUUAGGAAUUUAGACAGAAAAAAAAAGUCACAAGUAUUAAAACUGAUACAUUUUAGAGGUGUUUUUUUUUGUUUUUUUUUCCUGAACGAAACAAAGUAUUUGAAUACAUACAUUUUCCAUAAGCAAAGGUAAGCAUAAAAUUAGCAAAUAAAAUUAAGGCACAGGAUGAUAAUGGCUAUGGCUUUAUAAAAAUAAAAAUUCAGAUUUGGUUUCUUCAGCACCUUAUAGAUGGCAAAAGCUUCUGCUGCAUUUCUCAUGGGUAAAGGAUCGAAAUUAUCAAAAUGUAUGUAGUCUCUGUAGCAUUUUGUACAUAUGUUUGCUUUUUUGUACAGAGCCAUUUGGUUGUUGAUUUUUAAAAAAAAUAAGUUCCUUAUUUGAUCUUUGCCCUCUUUACAUACAGAACAUUUCAAUGCAUUUUUCUUUUCUUGCUCUGUUUACCAUAAGUACAUCUGGAUAGUGCAAUUCUGUAAGAUAGCAUUUUAUGCAAAAUUUUAUUAAUUAAAAUAUGGUUUACCAGCCAAAUCUAAAUGUACAUAUGUCUUUAUUACUGAGAAAUGUCAUUAAGACAAAGGUAAAGAAACAUCUUUGUGCAGCAUACCUUUAUUAUUGCAGAUUUCAUGGCAAAAGCUUUAUAUUCAAAGGCUUUCAAUUUUAAACUAGAUCUGCAUGCAGCUUUGCUGUGAAAUUAAUACCUAUCUUUGAUGCCAUUUAUGAUUGAAGACUUAAAUAUCUGUUGCCUGUGAUAUUUAAAAAGUACUGUUUCUACUCUGUAUCUGAUUUUAGAAAAAUGCAGGUUUUUCAUACCUGACUUUCAGGUAACUGACUUUGAAUUCCUACAAGCAAAAGGUCUCUGUGGUUUUUUUUUUCUUGAAUAGACUUCUAAUAAAUUUUGCUUGGAGUACA